AUGGCUCCCAAAAAGAAAACCCCGCCCGCCGCAUCCACCAAGUCCGCCCCAUCACCCCAGCCCGCACACACCCUGCCCAAUUGGCCUGCCUUCACUCCUCUUGUACCAGAAGCAGACCUAGCGCUGCAACAAGUCCUCCCCAAUCAAAUCAUUACCAUUCCCAACUUCUGGCCAGCGGCGCUAUGCAAGACCUAUGUAUCCUUUUUAUCUUCACUGCCACUGACUACCACUCCUGGAAAACCCAAAAAGGGCGAUGCAGUGCGAGUCAAUGAUCGCUUCCAGAUUGACGACCCUGCCUUUGCUGAACGGUUGUGGAGUCAGACGGCAUUGAAGAAUCUUGUCACGGGCGCGUUGGGCUUGGAUGAGAAGCAGCGGCACAGUCUGUGGGGCGGCGACGUCGUUGGUCUCAAUCCCAACAUCCGCAUCUACCGCUACACCAAAGGCCAGUUCUUUGACCAGCAUUAUGAUGAUUCAAACAAUGUCACCAUUCCCGGCUCACCACCAGUCCAGGCACGAACCACUUGGACCUUGCUGCUUUACCUCACCUCUCAUGCAACCGGAUGCAUCGGUGGAGAAACUGUCUUUUACCUAGACCCACCCAAGUCCAAGUCCAAGACCAGAGGCCCUCCACCCGAGCCGCUGCAAGUGGACCUCCAAGUCGGCCUUGCCCUUUUGCACCGCCAUGGCCCAGAUUGUAUGCUGCACGAGGGGCGCCAAGUCGUCGACGGCGAGAAAUGGGUAAUCAGAAGCGACCUAUGCGUCAAACGCUGA